CUGUCCGCCCUCCGCCCCGCCCUCAGCCCCUCCCCUGGCGCUCGGGCUGCUUAGGAGCCAGGGAAGCCGCGGCGCUGCUGCACGGAGUCCGCAGCUCGGCGCGGGGACCUGCACCGAGGCGGGGGCGGCGGGAGCGCGGAGACCUCCACCCUCGGGGAGAGGCGAAGGGAGCCCUAUUUUUCGCUGAGACCGAGAAGACUGAGCGUGAGUGAGUGUGAGAGGGAGGGACUGCACGCGUUUUUAGCUACGACCCUACCAGCCCCAAACCUGGUCGCCGCAGCCCGGGAGUAUCCACCUCGCGCUCCGCUGCACGCGUGGCACAGCCAUGAACACUAACGAUGCCAAGGAGUAUCUGACCCGGAGAGAAAUUCCUCAGCUUUUCGAGAGCCUUUUGAAUGGACUGAUGUGUUCUAAGCCUGAAGACCCAGUAGAGUACUUGGAAAGUUGUUUACAGAAAGUCAAGGAACUAGGCGGCUGUGACAAGGUGAAAUGGGAUACAUUUGUCAGCCAGGAAAAGAAGACCUUACCUCCACUUAAUGGAGGACAGUCACGAAGAUCCUUUCUAAGAAAUGUGAUGCCUGAAAAUUCAAACUUUCCUUAUCGGCGGUAUGAUCGGCUCCCUCCAAUCCAUCAAUUCUCCAUAGAAAGUGACACGGAUCUCUCUGAGACUGCGGAGUUAAUUGAGGAGUAUGAAGUUUUUGAUCCUACUAGACCUCGACCAAAAAUUAUUCUUGUCAUAGGUGGCCCAGGAAGUGGAAAAGGUACUCAAAGUUUGAAAAUCGCAGAACGUUAUGGAUUCCAGUACAUUUCAGUGGGAGAAUUACUAAGAAAGAAGAUCCACAGUACCAGCAGCAAUAGGAAAUGGAGUCUUAUCGCCAAAAUAAUUACAACUGGAGAAUUGGCCCCACAGGAAACAACAAUUACAGAAAUAAAACAGAAGUUGAUGCAAAUACCCGAUGAAGAGGGUAUUGUUAUUGAUGGAUUUCCAAGAGAUGUUGCUCAGGCUCUAUCUUUUGAGGACCAAAUCUGUACCCCUGACCUGGUGGUGUUCCUGGCUUGCGCCAAUCAGAGGCUCAAAGAAAGAUUAUUGAAGCGCGCAGAGCAACAAGGGAGGCCUGAUGACAAUCUGAGAGCUACCCAACGGAGACUAAUGAACUUCAAACAGAAUGCUGCUCCAUUGGUUAAAUACUUCCAGGAAAAGGGACUCAUCAUGACAUUUGAUGCAGACCGAGAUGAGGAUGAGGUGUUCUAUGACAUCAGUGUGGCAGUUGACAGCAAGUUAUUUCCUAACAAAGACGCUGCAACAGGUUCAGUUGACCUUGAUCCAUCCAUGAUGUUGGACACUGGAGAGAGCAUUGAUACAGGAUCUGAUUAUGAAGAUCAGGAUGGUGACCAGUUAAAUGUAUUUGGAGAGGACACUGUGGAAGGUUUUAUGGAAGAUUUGAGGAAGUGUAAAAUUAUUUUCAUGAUUGGUGGCCCUGGCUCUGGCAAAGGCACACAGUGUACAAAGCUGGUGGAAAAAUAUGGAUUUACACAUCUCUCGACUGGUGAGCUUCUGCGUAAUGAGCUGUCAUCAGAAUCUGAAAGAAGCAAACUGAUCAGAGACAUCAUGGAACGAGGAGACCUGGUGCCCACGGGCAUCGUUCUGGCACUCCUGAAGGAGGCUAUGAUAGCCAGCCUCAGUGAUACCAAAGGCUUCCUGAUUGACGGCUAUCCUCGGGAAGUGAAACAAGGGGAAGAGUUUGGACGCAAGAUUGGAGACCCACACUUGGUGAUCUGCAUGGACUGCUCAGCAGACACCAUGACCAACCGCCUUCUGCAGCGGAGCCAGAGCAGCCCACGAGUGGACAACAACACCAGGACCAUCGUCAAGCGCCUUGAAACCUACUACCGUGCAUCCAUCCCUGUGGUUGCCUAUUAUGAGACGAAGACACAGCUACACAAGAUAAAUGCAGAGGGAACACCAGAGGAAGUUUUUCUUCAAGUCUGCAAAGCAAUUGACUCUAUUUUCUGAAGGCAAAAAUGCGUAUAUGUUAAGGAGACUGGAAACGGAGAAAAAUAUUAAAGGUUCAUCCCUU